AUGGCCUCAUGGAAAGACUGGUCAGAACAAGAUUGGUCAGAGCAAGACUGGUCUUCGUGGGAGGACCAGGAGGAAACGGCGGACAGCAGUCAGCAAGUUAGCGGCCAGGACUGGUCGCAGGGGGAGGACCAGGAGGAAACGGCGGACAGCAGUCAGCAAGUUAGCGGCCAGGACUGGUCGCAGGGGGACUGGAAGCCCAAGACCGGGACCAAGAAUGAUUGGUCCCACAAGAAGCGCCAGCUCAACUUCUUGCACGGCAAGGACAUGGAUGCCCUGAAGCAGCAGCACCAACAGCAGAUGACAGAGCUGCAGCAGAGGCAUGAUAAGGACAUGGAUGCCCUGAAGCAGGAGCAUCAACAGCAGAUGACAGAGCUGCAGCAGAGGCAUGAUGCUGUUCUGAGGCAGAAGCAGAAGGACCUCGACACGAUCGACAAGGCUUUCCGGGACUACGCCUUCGACUAUGCAAAAAACAGAGCACCAGGGGAGAUCGAGGAGCUCGAGAACCAAGUGACCGAGGCCUAUGAAGAGAGUAGGCAGCUAAAGGCUUCCCUGGCUACGGCAGACGCAGAAAUUCAGGAGCUCAAGAAGAAGAUUGCCGAGCACAACGAGCUGAACAAGCAGCACGAGGAGAACAAGCAGCUGAAGACAUCCCUGGGCAAGGCAGAGUCAGACUUGAAGGGGCUCAGGGAGAAGGCUGCCGAUUACGAGGAGCAGAACAACCAGCUCAAGGGCAAGAUGGUGGACCUCAACAACGAAAACCAUCGCAAGAGGAAGCAGGUCGCAGUGCUGAUGGAGCAGGUCACAGAGGUGAAUGAUUUCGUUGUGGGGUAUUUCAAGAAGCAUCACCUCGAGAAGUUCACGAAGCCUACUCAGGACCUGGGCAUGAACACAUGA